CAAAACAGCGAACUUAGCUGAAGGUUAUGCACUUUACGCAGUAUAAUUUCAAUGUGUUUUUGCCAAGGUGGAUAGUUGUAAAAGAGGGUAUUGGCUUUUCAAGAUGGAAUUUAAAUUAUACGAAAUAAAAGUAGUUUUCCGAGUUUGUUUUUGUCAUGAGAGGAACCUGCCAUACGACAAUCGACGACCAGCACUUUGAGCUAAUCAAGGAAAAAAAAAAAAGGCUAAUUAAAAUAAGUUAGGUAUGGUCUCCAUUGGCCAAACAGCUUUAUCGAGACACCGUACUGUAGCUAGUGGUUGCAUUGCGCGUAAGCUAUGUCGAAUGCGUCGUUAGUAAGUUAUUCCAUAAGCACGCGUCGGAUAUCAGAAACGGGGACGCAUAGCGCCCAAUUAGCGCUAUAAAUGAUCUCAAGUGUAAAAACCGUUAGUGGAGUACCUGUAAAAUAGCAGCAACCAAACUCCAUGGUUGGGCACAAGCCACGGUAUAACUAGCAAAUAUACCAUCCAAAAAAGAAGCAAAACAAAACAAUGACUGCAUGGAAAAUAGGUUUUGCCGAUCAUGUUUCUCGGGCAUGAUCAUGAUAUGAUCACCCAUGUCUAAAUUGCCGUCCAAGCAGGCGGCCGUUCACAUUUUGCUAUUUUUUUUUUUUUUUACAAGCAGAACCAACAUGGUUAUACAAGUUAAACCGAUUGACACAUCUACUGAUUCUUUUGAGGAAAAAGUGGACUCUGAAAAGUCAUCGCCGUCAGUCGACUGGAGAGAUUUUGCCUCAAACACAACUCUUCACGGACUGAGAUACACAGUACAAAAAAGGCUUUCCAUUCCCAGGCGAGCAAUAUGGCUGAUAUUUCUACUAGUUGCUAACAGUGCCUAUACCUAUUACGGAACCAUAGCAGUUUUGAAAUUCAUGGCGAAGCCAACAAAAACAGUCAUUACGCAAGAAGCACCGACUGAUGGCUUGAAGUUUCCAGCUGUGACAAUCUGCAAUUUAAACAAGUUUGCGAAAUCUAAGAUAGAUAUGCCAGACGAGGAUGAAAACUUUGUAAAAAUGGGACUGAACAUAAGUGGAUGCAAUGAAACACGUGAAGUCCGUGGGAAUCUCACUUGUGGCCAAGCAUUUCUGUGUGUUCAUGACCUGUAUAGCGCUGCUGUAGUACCUGGAUGUGAUGAAACAACCCGCCAAAACAUAAACAGAGUUCUUACUGGCACAUCAAAGCGUUUGUUUGACGAAGAAAAGUUUCUCACCAACUAUGGGCAUGGUUUCGAUGGCUUGUUUGUUCUGUAUUGUCGCUUCUCUUUUGGUCAAGAGUGCACUGAAAAAGACUUUGUUCCGACUCUUACACAAAGGGGUCUAUGUUACACAUUUAACUCGGGUUAUAGUAACUCCACUGUGUUCCAUUCUGAAUUUGAAGGUCCUGAACGAGGCCUCAGCGUCCUUCUCAAUGUCGAAGAAAACGAGAGCACCGUUGGCCAGUUUUCAACCGGAUUGAACGUGGUUGUGCACGAUCAGAAAACGUUUAUAAACCGAAACCUUGGAGUCAACAUACUUCCUGGCGUUCAUUCGUCGGUUGCGGUCAAGUUGAUAAAGGUUAGUUGUCGAUAUCAGAGCAUUUCAAGCAAUUGCCGGUUUGUUCCAUACAAGAUGAGGGAUGCAUCACAAGGGCAAGAGCUGCCUUUUCUUUCAGGUGAGCUUGGUGGCAACAUGGGUUUGUUUCUCGGAUGCAGUGUUCUGACCCUCUGUGAAUUCAUCGACUUCUUAUGGGACGUUCUGAUGUCCAAGAUAAAGAAGCAACCAACGAAUGUAACCCCUAAACCCAAUAAUUGAUCUUAAUAAGGAAUCCUGCAGAUAUAUCUCUUGGGUGGAGGGGUGAGGAGGGGGUAAAAAGAUUGGGUUGCUCGUCCUACCUUUUAGGAUUUAAAAAAGCGGCUGUGGUACUUCUUAGGGUGUUCAGCCUCAAAAGGUCCACAGCAGGAGCUUUUGCGGUACCUUUUAGGGUAUUGAACAGAAAAAAAUAUGACAGGAGAAAUGUGUUGUUUUACAAUUGACACCUCUAUAUUAGGUGUGACAAGAUAUUUCAAGCCACUCCCACAAAACAGGAUUUUGGUACUUUAGUAGGAGUUCUUUUCAAAAUUUCCGACGAGCACCCUCGUCCUUUUUA